AUGGCAUCGGCCUUUGGUUUUUCUGUCGGUGACUUCAUUAGUGCCGCUGUAUUAAUAAAAAAAGUUUCCGACGCUCUUAAAACGGCUGGUGGGGCAGCGGAGGAUUACCAGCAUGCUGUCAUUGAGCUGGAAGGCCUUGAUCGGGCGCUGAAAGCUGUCGCCGCUCUCAACCCAAAUGAGAGUAACGCUCUUCAUGUCAAUGCAAUUCGAGGAAUGGCGCUGUCUUGCCAACUGCCACUCCAUCAAUUCCUUAAAAGGCUGCAGAGCUAUGAACGAUCUUUAGGGCCUUUUGCCCCUAGAAAUUCAGCAUCUGGUGCCUUUAGGAAAGCGAAAUGGGCAGCAUUCCAAGAAGAAAAUAUUCAGGCUCUUAGAGCUGUAAUUGCUGCUAAAGUCACAAGCAUUAACUUGCUCUUGAAUUUACAAAUCUCGUAA